AUGUGCGGGGACAAGAAGCGAAGCCAAUCUCCAGCUCCAGUCCGUCAAAAGCGGCCCCUGCUUGUGGACACGACCGUCGCCCAGGGCCCCGACACCCAUAGCCAUGAACAUGACUACAACCAUCCGGAAACUCCUUCGUACAUUCAGUUGGCCACGCUGGCCGCUGGCAGAUCGGGUGUUCACACAAACACGAAAGAACAGCGACUGCAGCCAAACAAGCCACAUCAAACUCGCCAGAUUAGAAGACCGCUGGCCGGCUCCAAGGUGCACUCCUCCGCGAAAACGAGCCUCUUGGGAGCGCCACCAAAAUCAUUACUUCUUGGUGCCGCCACCCAGCGCCCACGGCCACAUAGAGACACUUUCCUGGCCAAACCGCGCCAAAACACCCAAGAAUCCAUGAAGGCGAAAGCUUGCAGCAAACCUUUGAUCAACAGCAUGUCUGGUCGCCGAAAUUUGGUGCUGAAUGAGCUACGAACAGCAUCCGUCGAAAUUUUCGUCCAUGAAACUUAUUUAUUGAGGAAACGAUUCAUGCUUCUCACGGCCAGUCGUUGGGCCUCCGUGCGUCCAACGCUAAAUUUGGUCUACUUUGGAAGUGACGUUUAUUCAUUGGCACACUUACGUGCCAUCAAAGAGAGUCCUCCCCCAACUGCACCCACAUUCAACAUCGAACUUGUCGUAACAGCUAAUGACAAAACUCCAGUUGCUCGUUACUGCUCAGAGACCGGCUUAGUCUACAGUACUUGGCCACGCUGUGCUCACAGUGCAGAAAAUACUGUUUUGUCCCGUGUACAGGAACUCCGGACCGAGUUCGAGCGAUCCAAGCGCCAACCCGCCGGUCUUCUGGGACUCAUCAUCUCAUUCGGUCGAUUCUUGCCGACUGGAAUGAUUACGCUGUUUGAUCGUGGUUGCAUCAAUGUCCAUCCAUCUUUGCUACCCCGAUGGCGAGGUCCUUGUCCGCUAUUUCACACACUUGUUGUCGGCGACCGAGUCACUGGUGUCACGGUGAUCCGGAUACCAACAGAACAGCACACAUUCGACAGUGGGCCUAUUCUCUAUCAGCAUGCAAUCUCCCUUGAGGGUACUUCCGAGCCAAUGACGGUCAGACAGCUAACAGACCACCUCAGUCCGUUCAGUAUCGAAGCUAUGUUUCAAGUGCUUCUACAUCCGAGUACUCUUAGUGGAGUGGAGCAUGGCUCCCAUUGCCAACAAUCCAUCGCAGCUCAAACUGGACUGGCAGAGAAGCGUGCUUCACGUCCCACACCUGAGAUGGGCCGCAUCGAUUGGUGCUCACAGUCCGCCCCGGAGAUCGUCCGUUUGUGGCACGCCCUCCAGGACAGCCCAGUCAAUGUCUGUACCGAAAUGGCAGUCCUAAAGAAAAGAGGAGAUUCUGGUGUCGCCCAGAUCCGAUUAUCUGGAACUGGCCCCUUGGUCGUCCCUUGUUUGACUAAUAUAGCUGAAUCCUCCGGAUCUGUGAUGGACGAGUCAGGUGCUGCUACGGCUGAGAAACCCAUACCACGUAAGAUUGGCCAAAAUUUCGGGACGCUUGCCGGUCCGGCAUCAUGCCGAGAUCUGAUUGGUCGAAAGUCUGAACCCAACAGCCAAUCAUGA